ACCACCAGAUUCUGUCUCUUUUUCAUUUGCAUGCCUUAAUCCCCCAUGAAAAUAACUCUCUCAGACAGAUGAUGGCUACCUAAUGAGAUCUGCAUGUAUAUUUCUGAGUGCUUUAACAUGUCACUGUGACUGUUGUUCCUUUGGCUAAGAUUAUAGCUACUACUAAAAGCUUUCCCUAAGGCAACCUACAUCCCUGUGAACCCUUUCCAGGCUCGCCUUAGGCCUCUGCUUAGUUUUUAGAAAUUGCGAUGCUCUUUUUUGCAUCCCGCCAAGAAUACCUCCUCUAUAACGACGAGGUGCGCUUUCGUAUUUCAGCUCGGGCUUUCGUAUGGAUUCGCGGGUAUGGAUUCCGGUCCCUCUCCCCGACGGCACGGCAGCGUUGCCGGGGUAGCUCGAGAAGUGACUCAUCUUGCUUCUGAAUAGCAGCCCGGGGCUUUAAAACGGCUCCAGCGACCGCAGCUUCAGCUCUGCUCUUCUUCACGUUGCUGCCGUCCGGAGGGAGCCCCCAGCUGAGUACUCCGCGCACGGAGAGCUGCCGGACUCAGCCUCGGGACAGACCUACAAAAUACAGGAGGACGCCAUGAAAAGCCUUCCCUGCCUUCCUUUCCUCUUUCUGCUCUUCUUCUGCUCGGGGGACUCGGCGGUCAUCACUGGGGCUUGUGACAGAGAUCUGCAAUGUGGUGGAGGCAUGUGCUGUGCUGUUAGUCUUUGGAUCCAAAGUCUUCGAAUUUGUACACCAAUGGGCAUCUUUGGAGAAGAUUGUCAUCCAUUAAGUCAUAAAAUUCCAUUUUGGGGAAGAAGAACGUAUCACAGCUGUCCCUGUGAACCUAACUUGGCUUGUGUCCGGAUUUCUCCAAGCAAAUACAAAUGUUUACCAGAGUUCAAAAAUGAUGACAUCUAUUUUUAGCAGAAGGAUGGUGAAGAAUUCUGUGUCAUUUCAUAUUUCAUGAAUGAAGACCUCUAUUUGUUACUGUGAUGACAUUGUUUGACAGGAAAUUUAGACUAUAUUUUCUAGCCUUAUUAUUAAGAUACCAUAUUUAAGAUUAGUGUUUCCCUUAGACAAGUACAGUUUCUUUAUAUUUUUAUCACCCAAAUAAGGAUGAGCUGAGGUAGGCCUGUUAAGAGGUGCUAGCUGGAAUACAGCCCAUCGUCCAUGCUUGACAGACCAAGGGAGACCCAGUAUAUUUUGCUGCAUACAGAAAUAUUAUUGGCAAUGUCAUAAAGGUAGACAAAUUGGGCUACAAGUAGAGCACAUCUAGAAAAAAAGGCAUACUAUUGUCAAAUUCUUUCUACUAAAAUGCUCAAAUCCAGAGCAUUUAGUAACCAGUAUCACCAAAUCAGUUUGGAAGGUUUUCCUUAGCCUGCCAAACUGAAUGAACAUAUCACUCUUACUGAUCACGGAAAAAAAUUAAAAAGCAAAGAAAUCACCUCAUCCAACUCCUGGUGGAUUUGUACUAGCAAGUUUGGAAAGAAAACGAGCAUUUUUCUAUUAGAAUCUCUGGUCUUUAAGAGAAAAAUAACAUCACAUUAUCUGUGUGAGAAUGAAUUAAUUUAUAUUAGCUCCAGAACUAGAAUGGAUUUGAUGUUGGUAGGGGUGUAUGUCAGAUUGUGUGUAAUAUGUGUUUCUGUUGCUGCACUUCGGAGGUACAGUUGGAAUGCCCAUCUUCUAUUUGGGAAUGUCAAUGUGUACUGGACAACCUGUGUCCCAUUGGAUCAUUAUUUCAGAGAUACUUCCUUACCUAAACCAAGACAGAAUGACCGUGGGAUCAGGAGCAACUUUCAACUUCCUGCUAGCUUCCCCAUUGAAUUUCCUUGUGGGAAGCUGUCAGGAGCAUUAAAAAUCUUCCUUCCCUUCUCCCUUUUCUCUUCUCCCUCUGUCAUUCUGUUAUCUUCCUUCCUUCUCUUCCUCCUACCUUUUCUUCCCUCCCUUCCACUCUUCCUUCUACCCUUCCUUUCAUUCUCUCUCACUCCCUUCUUCCUUCCCUGCCUCCUUCCCAUUCUACUUUCAUUCUGUCAUUAUCUUUCUUCCUUCCCUCUCUCCCUCAAAUUCCUUCCGGCUUCUCCAUUUACUUUACCUGUGGGAAACUAGCAGGGAGAAAGUCAAUGGAGAAGCCAGCAGGAAGUUGCAAGUCCAAGAACAGCAGGUAGGUAAGUGGCUGCUGUUGGGUGAGGGAGGGAGCAAAGACGUGCAUGAGAGGUGCCACUGGGUUGGGAAAGGUUGGGUAUAUGCAAUGGGUCAGGGAUGGCAUGCAGAUGGGUGGCCUACGCUAAGAAAGGUGCCUAGGGUUGUGUGAGAGAUAUUGUGUGGAUUGUGCAGGGGGUGGAGGCACUGCAGAUCAAGAAGAGUGAAUGGAUCAUAGGGAUGUAUAAGAGAUGCUGUGAAGUCAAGUAGGGCAUGCAAGGGAUUGCAGAGAGCAAGAAGAAUGUAAGGAGGUUGCAGGUGUGUGUGAGAGGUGUUGCACCAGUCAGGGAUAGCGUGCAAGGGAGUGGCAUGAGUUGGGAAGUUUGCCUGAGAUUGCUUGGAAGAUGGCAAGAGGCUCCAUGCAAGUCAGAGACAACACGCAUGGAGCAGUAUGGGUUGGGCAGGGGUGCACAAGUCAUACCGCAUAGAUCGAGAAAGGCACACAGCAAGGGUCAGGUUGGGGAUGGGGUGUAGGGAUGCACAAGUGAUGCCACAUUGGUGAGGAAAGGUGUAUGGGGAAUGGCACAGUCAGGAAGGGCUAAUGGGAAUACACAAGAAGUGUUGUCUGAGUCAGGGAAGGCACACAAUGGGGGCAGGUCAGAUUAUGGGGCUAAAGGUGCAGCAGCAGCCAGUAGCACUGAAGACCCAUAACUUCCUCAAAUUUCAUUCUUAAGCGACAUUCUUACGCUUUUCUUUAAAAUUAGACAAAACGUUCCUUUAGGUUGCAACAAAGUUAUUAGUUUCUUUAAAGCCAAUGAUCUGCACCACAGAGCUUAAAUUUUGAAAGAAUUAUUUAACAUAAAAUCAUAUAAUGAAAACGAGAAAAAGA